AUGAAAUACGCCUACUUGGAGCUUGAGCGGGACGCCAGCGCUGCACAGACCGUCGCCCGGCCAUAUCUUACUGCUCUGCAUGAGGGAGACAUAUCCAAAGCCAUGGUUGGACUGCAUCAUGCCAAUGCCCAAGUGCGGCUCUCGUUGGACCCGCUGGACCCCACCAGAACGAUUAUCGAUCCCACCGGUAAUGACUAUCCCUGCCGAGGCAGAGGCCCUGUCUGGAAAAACAACUCGAGCACCAUCGACAGUUUGAUUGUUGUGGGCAAAUUGCUCGAUGCUGGGUCCACGGUUAUUGAUCGUAAGAGGGCUGGAUGGGAGACCCGCUUUAGUGAACUGGAGCGAGCCUUUAUCGAGGCCACUGAUGUCAAUUGGGAUGUUCUCUCUCUGGACGAAAAUACAGAAAUGAGAGACCACUUUUGGGAUCUCAUCCAGGAGCGCGUACCAGCCGUCCUGAGUGGAGUGCUCAGCCCGUUGUGGACUGUCUGGUCUGAUUGCGCGGGGCACUUUGACCAGUUCCAUUUCACGUACCGGGAAGCAGUUGCGCCUUGUCAGUGUACCGGGCUGGCUGCCACUGUUCAGGCAUAUACCAAAACCUUCGUGACACCAGACCUGCAUCCUGGUGAUAUGCAUGGGGUGUGCAUGAACGAGGUGAUGGCCCGUCCGUUCGCGCCUCUUCUUCAUGCGGAUUGUGUGACAUGCAACGCACCACAAUCUGUGACCAUUGAGAGAAGGUUUGACACUCUUCCCUUGCGCAUGGUGGUGGGCCUCGACGAGCAGGUUUCAAUCAAAAAUCACACCAAGGACAUCACCUUCGACUUUUGCGACGGCGACGGUCAGCUGCAAAAGGCCACGUACCGUUGGCUGGGGGGUAUCUACUAUAAGGAUUACCGGUAUCGUGUGUUCUGGACGGACACCAAGAGAGGGGAGACCGACAAUGGCUUUCUCAAGAUGUAUGACAGCACGAUGAACUCGGGCCUGAUCAUCGGGGAUAUCCCCCCGGCUCAUAAGGAUGAGAGAGUACCUCCAGAAUGGUGGAGAAACACCUCCGUGCCUUUCCUGGUUUAUGAACGAGUCAUGGACCCGGACCCGGAAGUAUUCAGUCUUGCGUAUCACUCGUUGUCUGACAUGAUGAAGGUGAAAAUGGAGGGCAAACUGGUUGCCCAGGAGCAUGCGCCCUGGACCCGAGCCGAGCCUACUGUUCCCACUCAGUCACCUCCCUGGGACCGAAUUUUGCCCAAUGCAGACCGCUUCAAACUUGCAGAGGAUGACGAUUCGGACGGACAAAGUGAGACUGUGCGAAGUCAGACUUCCGUCAGCUCGGCUAGCCACUCGUCCGGCCCCGGAUUACCCUCCGCUUCUCCACCAGUCCGAUCUUCUAUGCAAGUAUCGCCAGUUCCAACAGGAAUGAAGCAGGCUGCAUACGCGCAGGCCCCCACCACAUACACAUCUGCGACGCCAGCCACCAUCGGGCCGUUUGUCUCGACUUUUGCAACGGCGCAACCUGUAGGCGUGAGCCCCUUCGAGAUCAGCCAGCCGAUGAAUACGGCUAGCCUUUUCAGCGGUUUCAAUCGUAGAAGCAACAGCCCGCAGAACGGCUUCGCCAAUUUCGCCAACUUCACAAAUACGGUCAUGAUGCAGCCGACCGGCGACCCCAGCGCAAUGUCGAUCUCGCCCACGCAGCAAUUCUUCUGGAUCCCAUCGGCGUCGAACAGCCCGGAGAAACAGGGAACUCAGCAAGGAGGGCAGACAAGCCAGCCGUCACCGGACAUGAUGGCGGGAUUCGCGGUGUGUGGUGCCGUGCAGCCAAUUUUUAUGCGUGUCUCGCCGAAGCGAGCCAUCGAAGAAGUACAGGACAAUAGCGACAACAAUAAUGGCAGCGGAAGCAAUGGUACCACCGACACCAGCGGCACCAACAGCGAUGGUGACAAUGGUGACACGGGGGACACCACGAUGGGACCACCCCCUAGAAAAAGGGCACGGGCUAAAAGGGCUGAACGGACCGAACGAGUCGGGACCAGAAGAAGCGCAAGGCUCAGGUAG